CACUUCCCUGACUGCUUGCCUGACCGCUUGCCUGACCAUUUACUUGACCGCUAGCCUGACUAUAACCUCUUCCCUGAACGCUUGCUUGACCGCUUCCCUGAUCAAAACCGCUUCCCUGACUGAUUGCUUGACCGCUUCCCUGACUGCUUGCUUGACCACUUCCCUGAUGGCUUGCCUGACUGCUUGCUUGACCACUUCCCUGACCAUAACUGCUUCCCUGACCAUUUACUUGACCGCUAGCCUGACUAUAACCUCUUCCCUGAACGCUUGCUUGACCGCUUCCCUGAUCAAAACCGCUUCCCUGACUGAUUGCUUGACCGCUUCCCUGACUGCUUGCUUGACCACUUCCCUGAUGGCUUGCCUGACUGCUUGCUUGACCACUUCCCUGACCAUAACUGCUUCCCUGACCACUUCCCUGAUCAAAACUGCUUCCCUGACUGCUUCCCUAACCGCUUCCCUGACCAUUUCCCUGACCAUUUCCUUGAAGGCUUGCCUGACCAUUUCCUUGAAGGCUUGCCUGACCCUUUCCUUGACCGCUUGCCUGACCACUUCCCUGACCAUUUCCUUGACGGCUUGCCUGACCGCUUCCCUGACCAUUUCCUUGAAUGCUUGCCUGACCAUUUCCCUGACCAUAACCGCUUCCCUGACCGUCUCCUUGACGGCUUUCCUGACUGCUUGCUUGACCAUUUCCCUGACCGCUUCCCUGGCCAUAACCACUUUCUUGACUGCUUGCUUGACCGCUUGCCUGACCGCUUCCCUGACCAUUUCCUUGACGGCUUGCUUGACUAUAUGCUUGACCAUUUCCCUGGCCAUAACCGCUUCCCUGACUGCUUGCCUGACCGCUUCUCUGACCAUUUCCUUGAAUGCUUGCCUGACCACUUGCCUGACCAUUUCCUUGACGGCUUGA